AACACUCUUUUCUGACGGACAUUACAGAAGUUAGGCAAAUGGAGCAAGGGCUUUUAAAACUUCUUGAUGAUUUUCAUUGUGGAAAAUUACAAGCAUUUGGUAAAGAUUGUACAUUUGAGAAAAUGGAACAUGUUCGUGAGCAGCAAGAAAAAUUGGCGAGAUUGCACUUUGAAUUAAAUGCUCAGCAAGAAAUGUACGGACAGUCUGAAGAUGGUAGAAGAAUAGGGAGAGAAAAUCUUGGGAAAUUAAUAGAGAAUUUGCAGCAGCUAAGCCGAAGCAUUGAACAACUGCAGAUUUCAAGUCCCAGUAUACAAACAGAUGUCUGAACUUCAAGAUUUCAUUUUGUG